AAGAAUUCAACCAUCGUAGCUAAAAAAAAUAUGCAAAUCAUGGUAAGAAAUGUGGAUGAAAUAGACUUAAAUUUAAAAAAAAAAACAAAAAAACCUAAUGGUUACCAAACGAGGCUUAAAAGUACACAAACUAAAAUGAACCAAGUUCAAUUGGCAUAGAAAAUGUAAUAAUCAUGAGAUUUAGUUCGAAUCUCCUUAAAAAAAAAAAAAAAAAAAAAUCCCACCCAUACAAGCAUGAUAAAAAUGUCAAGUAUGAUUAUCUACUCUAAAAUUGAAUAUCAAUUCCCUUAUCCCAUAUUUGUUGAAGAAGCCUACCCCAAGAUUAUAAUUUAACCAUAAAUAAUGAAUGGGAGAGUUCAGUUUUGCAUUUUGCAAACAAGAAAAGUACACACAGUUGGAUCAUUUUCUUGUAGUUAUAGCCAAUCAAGCAGCACACAACUAACUCAAUUUAGUUUUGAGUAAUAGAUUAUUACAUACUAAAUAAAGAGAAAAUUUGGGUAGAAAACUAAGGAUUUUAAUAAUUAAUGUGUGUUAAUCUAUCUCAAGUUGAUUUGCUUUUAUAAAACUAGUGUUGUGUCAAAUGGUUUUUAGUUAUGAAAGUAACCAAAAACAGUUUAGUUUCUGAAAACUGUCCACCUCCCAAAGUCCCAAAACACCCACCAAUUUGAACCUUCUUUCAACAGAAAAAUGAAAAGAAAAAUUCUCUCACCAUUGCCAACUUGGUUUUUCCUCUCCCCUGCAACUGUAACUUAAACUUCAAUCAUGUCUUCUUAUUCUUCUUCUUCCUCUACUUUAAUCCCACUUCCCCUCCUAUCCAUUUCCCCUUCACAUCUACCAUGGAAGACGAAGCUUCCUCUACCUUCCUUUCCCAUAUCAAGACUCCUAUCCUAACAGAUGAAGUUUCAGAUUCUAAUUUCACAUAUGAUGCCAUACCUGAUGCCAAGCGGCCGAGACUGGAUAACCAUCUUAAUGAUGUUGUUGCCGUCGGGAAAUUCAAAGGCGUUGUGCCGCAACAGAAUGGCCGUUGGGGAGCGCAGAUCUACGCGAAUCACCAGAGGAUCUGGCUUGGUACCUUCAAAACAGAGAAAGACGCUGCUAUGGCUUAUGAUAGCGCCGCUAUCAAGCUUCGCACCAGAGAUUCUCACCGGAAUUUCCCCUGGACUCGCCGAACAAUCGAGGAACCUAAUUUUCAAAUCAAAUUCUCCACAGAUGCUGUUCUCAGUAUGAUCAAAGACGGAUCAUAUUACUCGAAAUUUUCCGCUUAUUUACGAACGCGAUCUCAAAUUCACGACUCGAAUUUACAGAAUCCUCAAAAUUUUGACAAUGGCGAUGGCGAUAGUCUUUUCUCUUGUAGUCAUCUGUUCCAGAAGGAAUUAACACCGAGCGAUGUCGGCAAGUUGAAUCGACUCGUAAUCCCUAAAAAAUACGCAGUGAAACAUUUUCCAUACAUCAGCGAAGGCGCAGAGGAAAACGGCGACGACAUCGAAAUCGUGUUCUACGAUACGUCGAUGAAGACGUGGAAGUUCCGAUACUGUUAUUGGAGGAGCAGCCAGAGUUUCGUAUUUACCAGAGGCUGGAAUCGCUUCGUGAAGGAGAAGAAACUGAAGGCGAACGACAUUAUCACGUUUUACACAUACGAGAGCUGCGGAAGAGACGAAAAUGGCGGAACAUUGAACUUCAUAGACGUAAUCUAUAAAACAUUGGAGGAUGAUCAUGAUCAGAGCGAAAAUAGUUGCUUAGCGGCGGAGAAAGUGAGUGUUAAGAAUGAGAAAUUAUUGCAGAGUGAAUUAAGGCAAAACCAGGAUUGUGAGAAGAAGAUGAACAAGGAGGAGAUUUUAAGCAUCGAAUUGAACCCUAAUGAUAAAAAUGUGGGGGCAAAGCGAAUUAGGCUAUUUGGAGUGCAUAUUGAUUGAAUGAAAUUAGAGUUUUAAAG